AUGAAGUCUGUCUUCUUUAUUUUCACGAGCAUUACGAUUGUCUACGGGUUGAAAAAAACGAUCGCGCCAAAAUUUUUAGCGAAAGCCGGCGAAUACGAAUAUGGGGUAAGGAUAUUUCUGACGCAUUAUAACGGCCGUUUCAGUACAAUCUCAAUUUAAACAUCCCUAUUGAGAAGCUGGCGGAAUACUGCAGAUAUCAUGGAUGGCAACCGGCCGCGAUCCCCAGCCAGCUAUACAAUGAUGUUGUCGAAAGUAAGUAAUGAAGUUGAGAAUCUUAGGACGCAUCUAUACAACAAAUCGCGACCAAGAAAUGGACCAUUUUACGAGGGCUUAGGUUGGCUUAAAAAGGGCUUUGAGGCUUUUCAAAAUAGACAAGGCUGGUUGCAAAGUUGGAAACAGAAGAGUUGGAAAACAGGAGCCAUAUUUUUGUAAACGCAAUUUCGUUUCAGAAUUCCUAGAAAAAGUGGUUAGCAGCAACGCCGAGGCUGGCAUUGGUCUAGAGUACAGCAACGGACAAUUCAGAUGGCUGGAUGGCUACACGCCGUUUGGGUUCGACAACCGCAACGACAAAACAACCCCACCAGUCCGCAAACUCUACACCAUGUACUUGAAUACUGGAAUCAGUUCUGGACGGUGGAAUUACUUGAAUCCGACUUAUCAGAUUCAGAUCGGGAUCUGCAGCCGGAUCCGAUGA